UAUUCGUCUCUGGUUCUUCUAUAAAUAAGAACUGAAUCAGAAACAGUAACUAACACUAUUCAAGUAUUCAUCUCUGGAUCUUCUACAAAUAAGAACUGAGCGACACUCAGGAAUUGGGGCGUUGGUGAAUUCUCUGGCGGUGAAUGGGAAACUGCGUUGUUCCCGGAGAUCUUCACUCCCUAACCAUGUUCGAGGAGCUGGUCAAGUGCUCCGUUUGUUUUGAAUAUAUGAACCGUCCAAUUUAUCAGUGCCACAAUGGACACACACUCUGUUCAAGCUGUAAAGCAAGGGUACUCAACAAAUGUACCAGUUGUAGGCAGCAGCUUGGUGAUAUAAGGUGUCUAGCUCUGGAGAAGAUGACCGAAUCACUUCAACUGCAUUGUAAGUAUGAGGAGUUUGGAUGCCCUGAGAUCAUGCAUGAAGACUCGUGUAACUUCCGGCCAUACAGCUGCCCAUGGCCUGGAUUGCCGUGCUCUGCUGUUGGGGAUAUUCCAUUCCUUGUUUCUCACUUGACAGAUUAUCACAAGGCAGUCAUGUUCAAUGGCUGCGACUUCGAGCUUGAAUUUUUAAUUGAAGAUCUCCGUAAACACUCAGGCUGCAGAUGGUUAGCAAUUAUCAUCAAUUGUUAUGGCAAAUACUUCUGUGUUCAUACUGAAGCCUUCUUAUUUGCGUGGUAUUCCUCAGCCUGAUAGGCAACCAAGCAGAGGCCUGCAACUACAGCUACAGCCUGGAGAUAGGGGGAAAUGGGCGGAAGCUUACUUUUGAGGGCAUCCCACGAAGCAUUAGGGAGAGUGAGAGGAGGAGUUUGGAGAGUGCGGACAGCCUCAUUGUGCUGGGAAGCAUGGUACAUUCCUUAGGAGGGGAGACGAGAGAGCCAAAACUUGAAAUUACAGGUGGGAUAAGGAAAUCCCAGAUUCCAGUGUGUGCAUGUGUGGAUAAAACCGGUUGAUCGAUUGAUAUGAGAUUCUUCCCUCUGUAGUUUAUCUUUCUUUCCACUCUGUAAACAAAGACGAAGAAGACAUGAGCAGAACAUGAAUGAAUUGAUUGGGUAGAUUCGUGGAUUGAAUUAAUACAUCCAGUGAUACAUGAUAUAAAAAUUCUUGAUUUUACAAA